AUGAAGCGGUACAUUGAUCUGCAGGAUACUGCCUUCGCCAGCACUGCUCGAACCAUUGACAACCAGUAUCCGCAGAAGUAUUGUAUCAAGAGUGAUUACGACAUUCAACGGCGGUAUUCCCGUGUCUUGAGGAACGGCACCCACGACUUCACAGCGAUCAGAGAAUGGCUGAGGAUUCUGGAGAGGGAGUACACCUCCAACCUAAAAGGCAAGCUUAGGACAUUGCUGAUUUCAAUUUACACCUCGGGAGGUGCUUCACCUAUAUUGGUUGUCAAAUACCUAUUUGGGGACGAAUAUCGUAUCCAACGACAUGUCCUCUUCCACCCCUUGCAAGCCAGUCAUGCCGGCAUCUUGGAGAUCUUCGGUCACGCCUCGGCCUCCGGGUACCUGGACCUCGGUGGCUUCAACCACUGGUGGACGGGAGGCCGAGGCUCUGGUUGUGCUGGUCUUGACAGUGAAGAACUGACUGCUCAAUUUGCACUUCAUGAGACCCUGACACUCCAAAGUGGCAACGUCGACGAGAACUUGAGGCAGAGCGUUGAAAAGCUCGAGAACUUGAGACUGACUCUUGACGAGAGAGCCAUCAAGGAUAUGGAGAGAGACACGGCUGAGGCGACGAGAACGUGCGCUGAUCGCGUCCAACAAGUCACGAAGACAGUCAAGGAAACCCAGCUUACUUGGCUUCUUCGAGAUAUCGAGGACGCCAUUGGAGAGUACGAAAACAGUGAGGAUACGUCCAACGACGCUCCUUGA